CACACACUCAGGUCUGUUACUGAGUCUGACGCAGGUAAAUACAGCUGUGAAAGAUUGGAGACAGCAGGAUCACGCUGGUCACAAAUGAGUGAUAAAGUUACACUGACAGUAUCAGAUCCCAGAGCAGUUUUAAGUGUUUCUCCACAGAACUGGUUGACUGAAGGAGAUCCAGUGACUCUGAUCUGUGAGGUUCACAGCUUCUCUACAGGCUGGACGUUCAGCUGGUUCACUUUAACUGUCUCACCAGAUCAGUAUGAUCAGCUGUCAGACAGCAGCAGAGGAGCAACAGGAAACUACACGGUCAGUUCUGUUGCUCUAAAUCACUCAGGAGUUUAUGUGUGCAGAGCAGAGAGAGAGAAAUCAGUCUAUAAAACACAGUUCAGCAACACACAGCUGCUGUGGGUCACUGGUGUUUCUCCUCCAGUCUCUCUGAUCGUCAGUCCCAGCAGAACUCAACACUUCACAUCUGUCUCUCUCUCUCUGAGCUGUGAGGACCAGAGUAACUCUACUGGAUGGAGAGUGAGAAGAUACACAGACGAUGGACGGCUGGAAGAUUGUUCAUUACGUGGAGGAUCUACAUGUACAUUCAGCUUCACCGUCCCAUCAGACACUGGAGUGUACUGGUGUGAGUCUGAAUCUGGAGAGAAACAUCAUCCUGUUAAUAUCACUGUACACUCUGGUGUGAUUCUGGAGAGUCCUGUUCAUCCUGUGACUGAAGGAAAUCAUCUGAUUCUGCGCUGUUUAUAUCAACACACAACCCCAGCAAACCUCAGAGCUGAUUUCUAUAAAGAUGGAUCACUCAUCCAGAAUCAAACUACAGAGAUGAACAUCACCACUGUCUCAAAGUCACAUGAGGGUUUCUACUACUGCAAACACCCGACGAGAGGAGAGUCACCCAAGAGCUGGAUCUCAGUCAGAGGAGGCUCAAAUGAACACAGCUUGUUUCAUUCAGAAUCUCAGAUCUCGGUCCUCAACAUACUCAGUUCUGUGCUGGCAGCUUGUCCAUAUCUGCUAGUGACAGUCAUGCUGGUUUUCAAAUGCUGCAGAAUGAGAGAACCUGAGGAGGACUAUCAGAUGUAUUCAUCUCUAUUCUUCGAUGUGUCAGGUAGAACCUGA